CACGUUGGCCGCGCAACAACACGUCGCGUCUGCUAUUGUGAACCGCUGAAAGUGCUCAAAUUUGGCCGUUAACGCCGGCGUGCGAAACGCGUCGAUUGCGAUCCGCAGUUUUGAUUUGGAUUUUGGCCCACCGUCGGCAGUCUGCUUAGCACUGUGUCCACACACACACACACACAUACACACAUAUCUAUAUCCACAAGCAUAUUAAGUGCUUGAGAACGUUCUUUGUGAAUUCCGAAUUCCGAAUAUUUUUUUUUUUUUUUUUUUUGGUUCUUUGUUUUUGUUUGCGCCGUUUGUUGUGGUCGAAGUUUUCGCCUGAUGGCCGCUCGGGGAUUCCAAAGCCAAGUACAGUGAGUGCGCGAGUGCGUGAGUGUGUGUAAGCGAGUGUGCGUGUGCGUGUGCGUGCGCUCGUGUGUGCCUGUGUGUGUUUGACAAUAAUACGAGCCCAAUAACAGCGAUACCAAUAACAAAAGCAACAACAUACAUUAAAUCGCAGUCAUCGCCGCUCUUGGCUGCUACCGCGUUAUUUCCGCUUCCGCUUGCCGCUGCGCUCCUUGCACUUAUCCUGCAAUUACUUAAAGAACUCAACUCAACUCAACUCAACUCAGCUCAGCUCAACUCAACUCAGAGCCGGCAGCCAGAAGACGGAAGUGGCAGCGGUUGCACCAUGCCCGCUCGCACAAUGCCCAAACGGCGGACGCCGCUGCUCGCCCCGCUGCCCGCGCCGUCGGCGGCGCUGCUGUUGCUGCUGCUGCAGCUGGCUUUAUUCGCGGGCCCAGCUCAGCCCGACAAGGCGAACGGAAAUGAUGCGAUUUCCGUUGCCGCGAACGCCGCCAGCGGCCAUCGUCAUAUCCACUCAGCGGCGCCGUCACUCACACUGAUGAAACGUGACGCCAGCAGGGAGGAGGAGUCCGACACCAAUGAGCGCUCUGCUGCAGCAACCAAUGUGCAGCAGCAGCUGCAGCAGCAGCAGCGCUUGGAUUUCUCUGCCUAUGUGAAUGAUUUUAAUUUGCAAGCUGAGGCCAGCAUACCGGAGGACAUAUUUGACCAACAUGAUGCCGACAUAGGCGAAGAUGCGGCUGCCCAGAUGCAAUAUGCUGAGCCUGCGGAUGACGAGGCUGACGAGUACGAGGCAGCGGAUAUUAUACUUGAAUCUCAAAGGCCCACUUCAAGGAAUUUCACUGUUUACCUAGCCAAAGAUGGCAAGACAGUCAAGAAAAAAUACCAUAACAACAACAAUGGCAACAGCAACAACAAUAAAAACCACUACAGCUACAAAUUGAAAAACAAUAAGGAGAGCAUGCCGGCGAAGAGAGUUGCCAAUGAAGAGGAAGCAGCUACAAAAUCCACUUCCGGUGACGACAACGACAGUGCCAAGGACAACAACGGCAAGAAGAACGAUGAAGUCGACAGCGACAACGAGCGGAAUGGGAAUGGCUAUGGCUAUGGCUAUGGCUAUGGGUAUAGCAAUGGCAAUGGCAAUGGCGCUGGCGCUGGCACUGGCUACGGGGAUGAGGACACGGGCGAGGACAAUGCGGAGGAUGGGAAGCCAAACGCGAACUUUGACAGCAAAAGUUUUGCGUAUAAAAAAUUUAAGAACAUGCACGAACAGCAAAAUCAACAGAGCCAAAAGGAGCAACAGCAGCAGACGAAGCAGCAGCAGCAGCAGCAGCAGCAGGAGCAGGCAAAUGCCAAUGGACCGGCCCGCCAGCAGGAGCAGCAGGAGAGGAAUGCUGCACGGCAAUGGCAACGUGAGCAGCAGCAGCCGGCUGUGGAGCAGCUGUUUGAUUCUAUUGAAAUAUUAAAUGAACGAAAAUUUAAUAAAGCGCCCGGCCAAUCAACGUUGCCAGCCGCAGAGGAUGUCGCUGGCGAGGACAUUAUGGCAAUCGGCGAUAUUGAGGACAAUUUUGGUAAUGAUAAAGUAUUGGCGGAAAACAUUAAGUCCGCAAUUGACAAUGAUGAAUCAGCGGUGUCCAAGGAGAUGAUAAUGUCGCCAGCAGAGACCAGCACCACAGCCACGCCCUCCGCCAGCACCAGCACGAGCAACACCCCAACCACCAGCAGCACCAGCACCACACCGGCGACAACAACAACCCAAGCAGCUACAGCUGGCAGCUCCAUUCGGCGCGAUCUGCUGGCGCCCAUCGGCCGCAAGCCGAAACGACAUGGCAAUGGCCACAGCGCCAUGUCCUGGCCCGGCAGCAGAAGCUACGAGAAGAAGAAUUACGGCAUAGGCCGCCUUCAUGCCGCUGACUUUGAGCUGAACGCCGAAGACGUGGGCGAGCUGCACUAUUACGACGGGGAGCAGCAUUCGCGUGGCUCGGAUGACGGUGCUGGUAAGACGGAGGCCAAUUACUUGAGCAGCUAUUUGGGCCAUAUGGUAAAUGGAACCAAGCAACAGCAACAUCAGCAGAAGAAAGAACAGAAGCAGCCGCAGCAGCAGGAGCAACGUUUUCUAGACGACGGCGAGCGGCAGGGGGAGCAGCGGACGUCGCAGCUUGAAUUGGAAUCUACAUUGCGUUAUCAGCCGGAUGCUACGACAGCGUCGCCGUCGGCCUUUGAGCGCUUUAAGGCGCUGCGGCGCAGCAGUCGCCGGAACGGCCACAAGAGCCACAAGAAGCGCUACAAGGACUAUCUGAAGCACAGCAGCGCGCUGUCGGUCAAGCAGCGCAAGGAUCGGGAGCAGCACGCGCAGAAGUGGCAGCAGCAAAGGCAGCUGGCUGAGAAGCAGGAGCGAGAGCAGGAAAAGGAACGGGAACGGGAACGGGAACAGCAGAAGCAGCAGCAGGAGCAGCAGCAGCAGGAGAAGCAGCAGCAGGAGAAGCAGCGUGAACGAACUGAACAGGAAACACACGCCCAUGCAUCGCCAAUCUUUGCGCUGGGCGUACGGCCGCAGCGCAACACACCGAAACCCUUCUACGAGGGCCAAGUGAACUACUACGACCAUCAGGAGGAGCAGCCGCUGCAGCCCCUGGGCACUCACCACACCGAAAUGGAGCGGCUGAUUGCCAGCGAUAAUGACAAUUGGUAUCGCCGCAUCAGUCCAGUGUUGCGCAACGGCAUCAAGAGCACUGAGAUGCAUAAGCAGCACCAGCAGCAGCAYCAGGCCAAUCAUCAUCAUCAUCUGAAGCAUCAUUAUCAUCAGCACCAUCACCAUAAGCAUGCACGCCAACGUUUACCGAAUCCGUAUCAGCGCAAGGCCCCAGCUCAGCUAGCGACGCCGCCGACAACGCCGCAGCCGCCGCUGCCGCCACCGAAGCCGCAAUUGGGCCACCAGAUCACCGAGCUGGAGCAACUGGAGCGCUACUAUGCCAAGUGGCCGCAUCUAGCGCGCGUUCAGUUCCAGGUGUACGACGAGCACUACCGCGAAGCCCACCCGGAGCUCUAUGGCGACUACGAUGCGGACGACGAUUACGAGACGGCUGCCGAACUGGAGGAGGCGCAGCAGGAUCAUGGCGCGGAGGCCAAUCUGCCGCCGUACAUCAAGAAGUACAAUCGACGCAACAAGCAGCUGCUGAACCUGCUGGAGGGCACGCUGCCGCCACCGACGGCCACACCGUUCCCGGGCAUCUGGAGCGGCUCACAGCUGCAGCCGGGCCCGCAUGAGUCGGCGCCCAUACGAGUGGACGAUGAGUACGUGAAGCAGAAGCGACGUCGCUAUCAGCAGCGCUACGAGGACGUCUUUGCCCAGCAGCACAGCAGCAGCAGCAGCAGCAGCGGCAGCGGCAGCGGCAGCUCCACCACGACUCCAGCCACGCUGUCCAGCAGCCCGGCGUCGCAGCUAAACCAGCUGCCCGAGGAGGACAAACAACUGGAUGAGCAUCAGCUGUCGGCUGCCGUUGAUUUCUGGCAGAGGGAAGUCGAAACGAAGGCGGGGCCCAAGCCGCCGUCGCCGCACACAUCCACCUCGAAGCCGGCCCUGUACAAGCUGCCACUGUACCCGGCCAUCGCGGGCAGCUUCCUGGGCACGCCGCGCAGUCGCAGCGCCCAGUUCGUGGCGAAUGUGUCGGGCCGUGGACAAGGCAGCUGGCGUCCUGCUGCUCCGGCAGCUCCGGUCGGUGCUAGCAACCAUGUGGAUGCCCAUAAUGCGACAGCUCCACCGUUUUCGCCACUCAACUCGUUUGUCUAUCAUCGCGUGGUCGACAGCAUUGGGGCUGCCUCCUCGCUCAGCCGCAAGCAGCGUCUGCCCUUUGUGGCCAUCACGGAUCGGCGGCUGGAGAGCGUCGGCGCGCACAAGUUGGCCGGAGAGCAGCACAAGGAGCUCGAGCAGAAUCACUUUCCAAUGCCUUAAGCCGCUCCAGCAACACGAUCACGCUCAGCGCAAGUAGAAGAAGAAAUAGAAAAACAGCAGCAAAAAAAAAAAAAUAAAUAAUAAGAAAAACAAAUGAUGGAAAACUAGUUCGACCCCAAGCGAUGCGCAUGGAAAUGGAAUCGAAUUCAAUUAAGUUCGUGUACAAGCAUAUCAAAUUUAAGAGUGGAGUAGUGGAAGGGAAUCGAGUAGAACGGAUUCAAAGAGAUGAUAUCUAGAGUUAAGGACGGAAUGAAAAGAGCAGACAAUGAAGAAAACAGAAGCAAUUCAGACCGAUGAAUGCGACAGAGCAGCAGCAGCAGUGUAUAAAGAUAUCGGUAAUCGAGCGCAAUUAAUCGAUAAGAAACGAAUUCGCACGUAUAUCAACGUUACGUUUCGACGUCGCUCCAAACGGAUUUCCUUUGCUUACCAAACUUAAGCCUAGACAUCAAUUUUGAGUAGUUGCUUUCGAAUAAAA